UGCAGAAGUUCAGAGUUGUCCUUGAACGCAGCACCACUGAAGGGGGAGGGUUGGUAUCAGAUAGCUACUCGGGCAUCUUCCGUCCAGAUUCGCAGCAGAGUAGGACAGCAUCACUUCUUUCUCCCUGUGAUCUGUUUCUGAGAACCGGAGUCAAGCUGGAGCCGGCGGUCCAUUGCCCGCCACCGGAGCAGCAGUUCCAGUGGAGCGGGACCGAGCGGCAGCCUCCGCCCUGGACCGACGAACUGGCCGAGAUGUCCCGCCACAUCUACACCCGACACGGGAUAGGAGACGGGCUGCAGAAGCCAGUGUUUCAGCAGGCUAACAGAGGGACGUACUCUAGACGCAGUCGACUGAAGAGGUCCGAUGGCAGCACAACAUCUACCAGCUUCAUCCUCAGACAGGGCUCAGCUGAUUCCUACACAAGCCGACCGUCUGACUCGGAUGUUUCCCUGGAGGAGGAGAAGGAGGGCGGCCGGCAGGAGAGGGAGCAGCAGGCCACCAUUCAGCUCGAAAGGGCAAAGACUAAAGCUGUGGCAUUCGCUGUGAGGACCAAUGUCAGCUACUGCGGUGCGUUGGAUGAGGAUGUUCCUGUGGCUGGCACUGCCGUCUCUUUUGAUGCCAAGGACUUUCUCCACAUCAAAGAGAAAUACAACAACGACUGGUGGAUCGGCCGCCUGGUGAAGGAGGGCUGUGACAUUGGCUUCAUCCCGAGUCCUCUGAAGCUGGAAAACAUCCGACUUCAGCAGGAGCAGAAGAGAGGACGCUUCCAUGGCAGUAAAUCCAGCGGAAAUUCCUCUUCCAGUCUGGGAGAAAUGGUGUCCGGCACAUUCAAGCCAAACCCAAACUCUGCAGGAAAACAAAAACAGAAAGUGGCCGAACAUGUGCCUCCGUAUGACGUGGUUCCCUCCAUGAGGCCGGUUGUCCUGGUGGGACCGUCGCUGAAAGGUUAUGAGGUGACAGAUAUGAUGCAGAAAGCACUGUUUGACUUCCUGAAGCACAGAUUUGAUGGGAGGAUAUCCAUCACAAGGGUAACAGCUGACAUAUCAUUGGCCAAGAGGUCAGUACUAAACAACCCCAGUAAGAGGGCCAUCAUUGAGAGAUCCAACACCCGCUCCAGCCUUGCGGAGGUCCAGAGUGAGAUAGAAAGAAUUUUCGAGCUGGCCAGGUCUCUCCAGCUGGUGGUUUUGGAUGCAGACACCAUAAACCACCCGGCGCAGCUUAUCAAGACCUCAUUAGCACCCAUUAUCGUCCAUGUUAAAGUGUCCUCUCCCAAGGUCCUGCAACGGCUGAUCAAAUCAAGAGGCAAAUCUCAAAGCAAGCACUUGAACGUGCAGCUCGUUGCAGCAGAAAAACUCGCCCAGUGUCCUUCUGAGAUGUUUGAUAUUAUUUUGGAUGAGAACCAGCUGGAAGAUGCGUGUGAACACCUGGCAGAGUACCUGGAGGCGUACUGGCGUGCGACACACACCUCACUUAGUACGCCACUCAACCCCCUGCUGGGACGCAAUCUGGGCUCUACUGCUCUCUCACCGUAUCCUGCUGCCAUUCAGGCCCAAAGAAACCGGAACAGCAACCACACAACAGACCACUCGCCAGUCGAACGUCACAGCCUGAUGCCCGCCGACGAGAACUACCACAACGAACGAGCACGCAAGAAUCGCAACCGUCUGUCCUCAGGCUCACAACAAAGCAGGGACCACUCUCCUCUGGUGGAGGAGGACUACCAGGACCCCUACCAGGACUCCUACAAGCCUCAUCGCAACCGGGGCUCCCCAGGAGGCUACAGCCAGGACUCCAGGCAUCGGCUCUGAGCCAUGAGCCGCCGUUAAAGACGUCUCUAAACAAACCACCAUGAACACAAGAACUGAGGUAGCUUUUCUGUAAUGUGAUCAAUCUACUACACUCAUGUGGACUGUAACAACCUCUUAUUUCUGUGUAGUACCUCAUAUCCCGUUUGGCCUCGCCUCCUGCCAAAUGGGCAUUUGAACCUAAUAAAAAAUUUUUUAAAAAGAAUCCUGCUCUUGCGUUGAUGUGAACAAGGGACUGGAUAUGAAAGUAGCACAAGAGCAGAAAAGUUUAAAAAGGGAAGCUAAAUCUGGAACUGAUUUGAAUAUAUCCCAUAUGUGGCUUGUGAGUGGAACACACUAGCAAGAAAAAUGUGGGCUGUAGUCUUCUCUGGACCUUUCCCGCUAUUUCAGCUGUUACUGUAGCAUGCAGGUAGGGCUGUAAUUACAGUUGGACUCAAGCCAGACAGCAUCCAGUGGUGAUGAUCAGCACAGAACUUGUUUGCACGGAGCUGGUAGAAGCAGAGUGUAAUACAUCUUUAAUACUCCUCAAGUUUGUGUGCCACUGUCCUUGAUGUGAGUGUAAUAAAUCCUGUGAAAGCUUGUUCCCAAAUCCAGAAUUUUACAAUUUUGUUUUUACAUUUUUUAAAUUUAUUUUGGAAGUGACAUGGAUGGUGUUGUGUUGUUCUCUUCAGGGUUCAUGCAGUAGCUUCAAGUUGACCCCCUUUAGUUCCCUCUAUUUUUUUUUGUCAUUAAUUAUAUCACGACAGAAACAUGUAAAUCAUGCAGAUGCUAAUAAAAUUUCAAAGCUCCAAACCUCAGGAAUGAGAGGUCAGUUAGACCUAGAAGUGUAGCGUUUAUGUUCUCACCCAUCUGAUGGGGAAUUUAAAUUCUGAGUGUUGUUUUAAAUUGUUCAGAUUUUAUGAUUUAGUUGUGAAAAUAAAGGCUAUUAAAAUAAGGAAGGAACUCUUCCAGCACAGGAGUCACAAUGAUGGUCAUGUGCCAGCAUGUUUUUCACAUGCCAUGCAUUUAUCAACUGCUGUCGUCUGUCAUGUGUUUAGCAAAACAUCAUAUGGAACUGAAGAAAUUGGGUUUUAGCGAGUGACUUUUUAUUGAGGGCUUCCAUGUGUAUACACAAAGAUAAUUAACACAAAGAAUAAUUUAUGUAAAGCUCCACUUUCAAUUCAUUAAAUUACAUUCCAUUCAUUUGAUUUCUUUCAGAGCCUUGCAUUCAAAUUCCAGAAAAAGAUAAUGUUCCUUUAUUAUUUAAGGUUUUAUGACAUAAAGUAAUACUGAAACAUUGAGUAGCAUUUAACACGCCAGCUUGUUAUCAGCUUUUUACUCUUUUAUUUGAGUUACAUUAAAUACUACUGUUGAGUGAGAAACUGUCUAAAAGCCCUUGGGCAGGACUGUGCUGCCUUCAUCACAGCAUCUUUAACAUUCUACUUUCAUGGAAAUGUAGAGCAGUUUCCUGCAUCUUUGAAUUUCUGUGUAUUCUGCCAGCUAAUACAGGAUUAAUAUACCAUUACCUUUUAAUGACAUAUCCUUGUAUCUUGUAAUUUAAUAUUUAAGUAUUGAAAUUCUCAUUUUAUUUUCAGUUCUUAGACCAGAGAUCUCGUUGUGCAGUGAUUCUUGGGAAAAAAAUCAAAAAAACAAGGUAUAUUGACAAGGAGACUUCUGUUCUUAGCUGCCAGCUUUUAUUGUCGUCGUUUCAAAACGGUGGAGCAUAAGCAACAAUUUAAAAGAUUUGUAUACUGCCUGUGGGAGAAUGAUGCAUUGAUUAAAAGUUAGUGUGCACUGUCAUUUUACAGUUGUAAUGAAAUAAACUGCCCUUAUGCUGUUA